UACAGACAGUGUGAGAGCUUUGAGCUGGGGGGAAAGGAACGAUUCAGGUUGAGAGACGAUGUUGAUGAUUCGGAUUCGGAUACGGAGUGCCAAAGCUUUGAGAUCUGUUCGGCCUCUUCUCCUGGAGACUGCAGGUACCCUGAGAACUUCUUCGUUCCACAGCCCUUACGAGUUCUCGUGUUUCGUUUGCGAACGAGGCUUUUCUAGCGGUCUCACCAGCGAUAUAAAUCUCUGUUAUAGAGAGAGAUUGAGAAGUGGGCUCGUCGAUAUCAAGAAGGAUGAUGCUGUUGCUCUCUUUCAGUCCAUGGUUCGGUCUCGUCCUCUUCCUACAGUCAUAGAUUUCAACAGAUUGUUUGGUUUAGUUGCCAAAACAAAACAGUACGAUCUCGUGUUAGCUCUCUGCAAGCAAAUGGAAUUGCAAGGGAUUGCUUAUGAUCUCUACACUCUCAACAUUAUGAUCAAUUGCUUCUGCAGGCGUAGGAAACUCGGUUUUGCUUUUUCUGCUAUGGGAAAGAUCUUGAAACUUGGUUAUGAACCUAGCACGAUCACCUUCUCAACUUUGAUUAACGGAUUGUCUCUUGUGGGUAAAGUUUCUGAAGCUGUGGAGUUAGUUGAUCGAAUGGUGGGAAUGAAGGUUAUUCCAAAUCUCAUUAUACUCAACACUAUUGUCAAUGGGCUUUGUCUCCAAGACAGAUUGUCUGAAGCAAUGGCUUUGAUAGAUCGAAUGAUGGCCAAUGGAUGUCAACCCGACGGAUUUACCUACGGUCCGGUUUUGAACAGAAUGUGUAAGUCAGGGAACACUUCCUCCGCCUUGGAUCUCCUCAGAAAGAUGGAAGGUAGAAAAAUCGAACUCGAUGCUGCUAAAUACAAUGUCAUUAUUGACAGUCUUUGCAAAGAUGGGAGCCUCGACGAUCCACUCAUCCUUUUCAAUGAAAUGGAAACCAAAGGGGUCAAAGCAAAUGUCAUCACCUACAACUCUCUCAUAGGAGGCUUCUGUAGUGCCGGCAGAUGGGAUGAUGGUGCACAGCUGCUGAGGGAUAUGAUCAGAAGGGGAAUCACUCCUAACGUUGUCACUUUCAAUGCUUUGAUUGAUAGUUUUGUGAAAGAGGGAAAGCUUUCUGAGGCUGAAGAAUUGUACAAUGAGAUGAUCCCAAGAGGAAUAGAUCCUAAUACCAUUACAUAUAGUACUUUGAUUUAUGGGCUGUGCUACGAAAAGCGCUUAGAUGAAGCCAACCAGAUGCUGGAUCUGAUGGUUAGCAAGGGAUGCGAUCCUGAUAUUUGGACGUAUAAUAUCCUUAUAAACGGGUAUUGUAAGGCUAAACUGGUUGAUGAAGGUAUGGGACUUUUCCGCAAAAUGUCUCUGAGAGGAGUGGUUGCAGAUACAGUCACUUAUAGCAGUCUCAUUCAAGGGUUUUGUCAAUCUGGAAAACUUAAAGUUGCCAAAGAACUUUUCCAAGAGAUGGUUUCUGAAGGUGCUCAUCCUGAUAUUGUGACUUACGGUAUUUUGCUGGAUGGUUUGUGUGACAAUGGAGAACUAGAGGAAGCCCUGGAAAUACUUGAAAAAAUGCACAAGACUAAGACGGAACUUGACAUUGGUAUAUAUAGUAUCAUCAUUCACGGGAUGUGCAAUGCUAGUAAGGUCGAUGAUGCUUGGGAUCUGUUCUGCAGCCUACCUUCGAAAGGAGUGAAGCCUGAUGUUAAGACGUACACUGUAAUGAUUUCGGGAUUGUGUAAGAAAGGGUCACUGCCUGAAGCAAAGAUGUUGCUUAGAAAAAUGGAGGAAGAUGGGAUUGCGCCAAAUGAUUGUACAUACAACACACUAAUACGAGCUCAUCUCAGAGGCAGCGACAUAAGCAAUUCAGUUGAACUCAUCGAAGAAAUGAAGAGGUGUGGCUUCUCUGCAGAUGCUUCCACCAUGAAGAUGGUUAUGGAUAUGUUAUCGGAUGGUGGAUUGGACAAAAGCUUUUUGGAUAUGCUUUCUUGAACGCCUCAUCUAAGCUCUGCUAGAAAGCUGAGGUGGUAAAGAGAAUAUCUCUGAGUCUUGACCAUAUGAAGUAGAAUUGCUCCAUGGGGAUGCAAAACCAUAGGCAAGGACUGAACGGUCAUGAGCCACACCAUCUGGACUAUCAACUUCAUAUUCCAUGCAGAAGCAAUACCAUUGUCUCCUUCCCUUACCACUCUUGUCUGGACUGGACAGCAUCACUGGUACCUGAUAACAUCAGAGCAUCAAGCACUGGCAGCUAGUCGAGUUUCAUUCCACCAAUCUUUUUUCCGGCCGAAAAGUUGGGAAUCAUAGUCAUCAAUCUCCAUCUGAUCUGAAACCAAGUCAUCACGUGCCAUCCAGACACGAUGGAAAACACAUCAGGUGUUCUUGUUUGUGAAAAUUAACACCAACAAUACAUACAGUAUUUUUG